CCCUUCCUUGGGUUUCCUAUUCACUGCUUUCCUGCCCAACCACAGGGCCCCCUUCCCUUCCACAAUUUGUUUCCUUCCUCGGCCAGGCUGCCUGACGGGUUCCCUUUCUCCCUUGGAGUAAACCUUGACCAAGAAAAAAAAAGUUCUUUCCAGACACCAACUUCUCUGAAAAGACCUGUUCAAUCGUUCGCAGUCGUCUUCACUCUCGCUGGCCCUUCUCUUUUGCCCCGCGCAAUCACAAUCUGACAUCAUGCCUCCUAAGAAGUGGGACGACGAGGAGAGCGGCGACGAGAGCUCCGGCCCUGCCUCCCCCGUUGGCGGCGCCAUCCCUAUCCGCCGCAAGUUCGAGGAUGAGGAGGAUGAGGAUGACGUCCUGGACUCCUGGGAUGCCGCCGAAGACUCCGAGGUCGAGCGUGAGAAGGCCAAGAAGGCCGAAGAGGCAAAGGCCAAGGCUCUCGAGGAGGCAAAGAAGAACAAGAAGUCCAAGGCUCAGCGCAUUGCCGAGUUGAAGGAGGAGCGCGCCCGCCUUGAAGCCGAGGACUCUGGCGAGGAGGAGACAGAGGCUGAGAAGAGAGAGCGCCUCCGCCGCACCGAAAAGGAGUCGGACCUGAAGCACGCCGAGGACCUCUUCGGCGAUAUCGGUGUUCCCGCCGGCCGCAAGGCUAACCUCGCCGGCUCCGCCGUCCAGAUCGAUCCCAACGAUCCGACCAAGACGGCCAACAUCGCCGACAUGCCUCUCUUCAACCCCACUACCAAGACCCAGUUCGAGCACCUCCGUACCACGCUGACCCCCAUCCUCGCCAACAACGCCCGCAAGGCUCACUACGGCAUCUUCCUCCAGGAGUUCACCAAGACCCUGGCCAAGGACCUCCCCAGCGACCAGAUCAAGAAGAUUGCCAGCACCCUCACCGCCCUCGGCAACGAGAAGAUGAAGGAGGAGAAGGCCGCCCAGGGUGGUAACAAGAAGAGCAAGGCGGCCAAGACCAAGGUCUCUGCCGUUGUCAGCCGUGCCCCCGUUGCUGACACCGAGACGUACGAGGAUGACGGCUUCGGAGAUGACGACUUCAUGUGAAGUAAGAGACAGGGUUGUAAUAUUCUCCCGUGCCCAGAGCCCAGCCCCUUGUCUCCCUGCAAGCCCAAUCCGUGCCAACGUCUUUGGCACGGUUUCGUACGGAAGCGUGUGGCAGCGGCUUGGAUCAAGCUCCGGCGUCGCUGUCGCGGAAACACCACUCCUCGCUACGCCAUACGCGGUUGGGGCCACUUAGAAAGCAGAGCCACGGGCUGUUUGGGGCUGCCGGGAAGCGUGGACUGGGUCAGAUUGUCGGAGGAUGGACGGUAUCGAAGAAGAAUUGGUGUCAAUUUAAAGACGGACACUGAUCAGAGGGAAAUCAUUCCAGGUCCUGGAGGGGCUAUAGGAUCUAAGUGCAUCUCUUCUCGCCAUGGUUUCAGGGAGCAUAAAAGUCUUUCAUGAAUGAUGAGCACAGCACGAUAGAUCUGGAAUCGUUCAAGGAUAUACUUGCAAAGUACUCUUUUCCACC